AUGACAGUCACGAGCAAGCAAGUGCCACUGCCCUCUGACCUGAGGAUCAUUCUGGUGGGGAAGACUGGAGCAGGGAAGAGUGCAACAGCAAACACCAUCCUGGGGAGAGAGGUGUUUGAAGCAGAGGCCUCCCCCAAGUCUGUGACCAAACAAUGUAAGAAAGGUGAAGCGUAUGUUCCAGGAACAAACAUAACAGUAAUUGACACCCCAGGCCUCUUUGAUACAACACUGUCUGACCAGGAGAUGAAGAGGGAAAUAGAUGAGUGCAUUAAGAAGUCAGUCCCAGGACCCCAUGUGUUCCUGCUGGUGAUUAGGCUGGAUAGAUACACAGAGGAGGAGAGGAAGACUGUGAGCUGGAUCCAGGAGAACUUUGGAGCAGACGCUUCUCCCUUCACAAUCUUACUGUUAACUCGGUCCGAUCAACUGAGCGGCAAACCAGUGAUGACAUUCCUGAGAGAGAGUGAUGAGCUUCAGAAACUCAUCCAGGUCUGUGAGAACAGGUUUCAUGUCUUUAACAAUAUAGAGAGUGAGGACCGCACUCAGGUCACAGAGCUGCUGGACAAGAUAGGGAAGAUGGUGGUGAAGAAUGGAGGACGUCACUACACCACAACCUGGUCUCAGAGAAAGACGUAUAAUACUGGGUGGCGCAGCGGUCAAAAGCCACUACAGCCUGUGGUUCGAUCACGACACGUUGGUGCGGCUGACAUCAGGGACAGCGAACAGUGUGAUAAGAAGUAG